UGAACUAAUCUAUGAACUGUCUGAAACAAUGGAUAUCCGCGGCCCCAAAUGGGCCCCAAAUAAAAUUGCACAAACGCGCACAAACAUGCCACUCCCCUUGGGGCUAAGCCCCCCCUUUCUUUGAAUCCUAGAAACGCCCCUGGGACUGAAGCCAACUUUCUUUCAUGACACACUUCCUGUACAGUACUUCCUUAUUGGGAACUCUUUUCAGGCGCGUUUCGACAGUUCUCUCCAUUCCUUCGACAAAAUGGAUCUUCAAACUUGUCUCACCAUCCUGAUUACUGUUUUCUGUACCGCCAACUCAUUAGAAUGCCCUCGGACAAACAUUUCCUGCAAAGACAUCAUCACUGCUGACAGAUUCACGUUCUUACAUCGGUGUCUUAAAGGCAGUGAGAUUUUCGUGUUUGAUAAUAGGACCCUGGUUGCUUUUGCUGUUCUUGGCAGUCAGACGACAAAGCAUUUGAAUGAAACGAUCAUUGGCAACCAUUCAGUCGAUACAAUAGACUGUCGAGACCUGAAAAUAAAAUGCAUGGUUCCUAUUGGAGAGUUCGGUGUACACGAGAUCUGCGUGUAUUAUAAAGUUACUGAGACACUGAAUGUGGAUUCCUUUCAUUCACCAAGACCAUGGAGCUUCAUCAUCAGUGGGUCUGUCUGUGUGGUCGGUUUGAUAGUGCUCAUCGGGGGGCUUUGUUAUAUGUUUCGGAAAAAGAAGCAGCACGAUGCAUCUAUAGUAUCCCGGAUUUUACCACACCUAUGUAUCUCUUCCAAGGCAGAGAUGAGAGAGAUCGAACAAACUAGAAACCCUGAAGGAAGUGAAGUCCAAGCGUCCACAGCGGAUCAUUUGGACACAAUCAGGCUGAGUGAAAUAUCUGCCACAGAUCCACGUGAAGGUGGUGAAAAUGAUAUCGAGCAGGAUAACGCACUUAAAAGUGUGCAUGUUCACAGUAUUGAUCCUACGGCUGAUGGCAAGGCUCCUCAGUCCUCUGGUCUGGACCGCAACUCCAGCAACCAAGGAAUCCAGCCGACUGAAAGGGGAGACGUGAUUGCCUCUGAUGGUACCAGGGCCUCUAAUCGUCGAGCCGUGAGCAGCUUGAGGGAUGAUCCAGGAGGAGUGAAGGACAACGACGAAAAAGCCAUUGAUGGCAGCUGUGAAUUCUUCUCCAGGAUCAGGGAAGUGCGCAGCAGCAGAUGGACUGUUGGUGAUCGUGCUCCUGAAGAUCAUGGGAAUGAAGGACAACCGCUGCUGUUGAACCAGCGAGCUGCCAACCAAUGUUUUGACAUGACAGGAAAAGCCGUAGCUUUGGUGGACAAGUGCGGCUUUGACCCAGACCAGGUCAGCAGGUGCUCUACUGUACCAGACGCUGACGUGGAGUCAACGCCCAACAUGAAGAACUGAAGUAUACAUAAAUACUGGUGAAAUAAAAUAGAUAUAUGAGGAGUAAAUAAAAGAUAAUAAUAGCUUAUAUUAUAAUAAUACAUAUUCUUGUAUGUGGUGCAUUUACUGGCAGUUCCUUUGGAUCAACAUUUGUUUAAAUAAUAAUUUCAUCCCAUGAUGCUUUGCUCUCUUGAUGAGCAUGCUCUGUUUUUUCACAACAUCAGACGAUAUAUUCUCUACAAGCCCUACGUGCCAAAGUGUUCUAUGAUCACAACAUCUUUAAAUCAUUCCGAUGACGGUUUUUUUCCGUCCGAAAAAUGAGACAAUCCCGGUGGAAAUUGGUGUUGUCUCCGUGUCGCUUUCAGCCUUUUCAUUGGCAUGUGAUCAGUCAAUCAGACGGAUUAGAUAACAUAACAACAAAAAACAUGGAGGGGUUUGUUACUGAGAAUAUAAAGUACAUGACUUGACCAAAGGAUGGGUGGACCAGAAACAUGUCAGCUAAUGUACCAUAUCCACAGCUGUAUAUUAAUAUACUUGUAUAACAGGUAUGAUAUAUAGUAUAAAUACAUAAUUAUGAACUAAACUGAUAUAUAUAUAUAUAUAUAUAUAUUAUUAUAUUGUACUUCAUUAGAGUGUAUGCUUUUAAUGAGAUGAUUCAUAACAUAAAUGCAAAGCAUAUACAGUAUAUAGUAUGCUUUUUCUUUGAAGUUUGUUGUAAUUUCAUAUUAAUCGAAUCAGUUAGAAGUAAGCCUGCCAUUACUAAUCAUUUAUAAUCAAGCAACAUGUUUAAUCUUAUUACCUGAAUCACAUCCUUUUAUUUUUUUCAUUUUGUUAACAUUUCAGUCUGUAUUUGUGAAUUCAGUGAUUUUAUAUUUUUCUUUUCUUGCUUAUGUUCUCAGUUGCAUUGUUUUUGCUUUUUAGUUGAUACAUUUAAUAAAUACAUUAUGUAUAUUAAAAUGAUCAAUUCAUGUAAUGAUUUUAAAAUAAAUUAUUUAAUCCUGGAUUUCACUGCCUGGUCAUUUUUACUUUGGUUUUCUAAACAACAGCUGGAGUAUCAACUUUCUACCACAUGGGGGCAGUAAAUAGUCACGAGUUCUGCACCACUGAGGUACAUAAACAGCAUAAUUACACUUCUUAUUACUUUUGUUGAAUGAUGCAAACGCCUUUUAUGCGUAUUUAUUCCUGAUCAUUUUACUUUCACCUACCAACCAUAUAUUUUACAUACUUUAUUUAUAUGAUCAAACACUAAGGCCUCCUUAUAGUUGUAAUUUGUUGCUUAUUGAGCGAUGAUUUAUGUGAUCUGUGUGUAUGUUUCAUUUGAUGUCUGUAUUUUCUAGUAUAGGGCUCUGAUUUAUAAAUAAACCAAUAAAGGAACGGUAAUUACAUUAAACGUCACUUGGUAGAAGUGUUAUAAACCUAUGUUACAGUGUGGCUUGAUGUAUGGUUGUAAUUACAGUUACCCACAAACACAGGUUUGGGCUGAAUUUAAUACUCUCU